UGGUUUCAUUGUUUUGCCGACGAAUGGCCCUUGGUCUUUUUGACGACAGUUUGAACAAUAGAAAACUUCAAAAAUAAACGCAAAAGAGAUCAUUUUACUUUAUUUUGUUUUACAUUAAGUCUUCAACCUCGGUCAAAAUAGUUUUUGACUCUUUUUCUGAGUGUUUUACUGAUUGAAAAAAAAACAUUUCCUAUUUUUUUUUAUUUUGCAAAUUGCCUAACGUAAAAAUUGAACAAAAAACGUGCUUUUUUGGUUGAAAAAAAAAUCAAUAUGGUUUCUGUUAUGAAAUCACAUAAUAUUGAGUCCCAUAGAAUAAGCCGCAACGCUACAGCGUUGAAAACAUGGAACAAUUCAUCUGUACGUGGAUCACCUGCGCUUUUUACCACAAAUUCCACUCCAGCUUCAAAAAAUAGUUCCACAAUUCAAAGCAAAUUGCUGAAAAAACCAACAACAAUUCCCGAAUUGUUGCCGCCAAAAAACGAUUCUCAGAAUUUGGAGGGAACUUUGAUGUCCAGUUCUACCGCUUACAUUGAAUUUCCCUGGACUUUGAUCAAGUCUAAAGACGUGACUAAAUUAGAAGAAUGGCUGAAAACGAGCAGCUCUGAAGUGAACAAUUUAAACCCAGAAUUAGGGCUGGGUUUGUUGCACAUUUCGGCCGCAAAGGGAAUGCUUGAGUUUUGCAAGACACUUUUGAAACACGGUGCUGACCCGAAACUGAAGUCAAGAAAAGGUUGUGGCGUAAUUCACCUAGCGGCUCGCCACGGCGCACAGAAUGUACUGGAACUUCUCUUAGAUUUUGAGCCAUCUUUAAUCGGUGAAAUCAGUUCAGACGGGUGGGGCUGUUUGCAUGAGGCAAUUUCAAAUGGAAAACACUCUGUGAUCCAGUUUCUGGCGGAGAAAGGAGCCGACAUAAAUCGACCAAUGCGAGACAAAUUAGAAACGCCCCUUAUGACAGCCAUAAAAACAGGUAACAUUCAAACAAUUGAGACAGUCCUGAGUCUAAAUCCAAACCUGGACCUUCAAAACUCAUCAGGCCUGACAGCUUUGAUUCUGGCAUGUGGAUCUGGUCACAAAAGUGAAGUUUUCACCAAACUUUUGGACCAAGGAGCUGAUUUGAAACUGACUUCAAAUCGUGGCGCCAGCUGUGCCCAUAUUGCAGCUAGAAACGGACAAAUUGAUAUUUUGAAGAUCAUUAUGCAAAAAGAGGCUUCACUUUUGCUCGGGAAGACGGACGACAACUGGAACCCAUUGCACGAAGCAGCUGACUCAGACCAGAGUGACGUCAUUCAGUUCCUACUAGCAGAAACUUCUCUGUUAAUCGACGAGCAGACAUCGACUGGAAACACUGCCCUGCAUUUAGCAGCAAGAAAAUGUAACCUGAAUGCUCUUUCGGCUCUCUGCACUCAAUGUAAAGAGCUUCCUGACUUAGUUCUGAGAAACAAAAACAGGCAAACGGUCAGCGAUGUUCUUGAAGCGCACCCAAAAUCGAACGAAAUAGCUUGGAAAAUGAAAGAAAUCAUUAGAAGCCUCGGCCCUAAAUUUGAGCCGGAAAAAGUGAAAGCAUCGUCUUCAAAAAGCAAAAACAAAGCGGUUUCGGCUGGAUUCGAUCCUGGUACCUCUGAAGUAUCGAAAUCAGUCGAUGUUUUCCUUUCAUACAGCUGGGCCGACGGCAUUUUAGUUGACCAAAUUUACGGAAAACUGACUCAAAAAUGUUUUCAUGUUUGGCAAGAUAAACAGAAAAUAGGACCGGGCGACAAUCUGUAUGGAAAAAUACAAGAAGGUGUACAAAGCUGCAAAGUUUUUGUCCCAUGCUUGACGGAAAGCUACUUAAACUCCGCAAACGCCAGAAGCGAAUUUCAUCUGGCAAAACUUUGGAACAAAAAGAUAAUUCCGCUAAUUCUGGAUCGAAAUUUGACCAAAAAAUGGCCGCCAGUUUCGGAGCUAGCACCUUUGCUGGCACCGCUGGUUUACUUGGUCGUUACCGACGAUAAAAAUGAACUUAUUUUAACAGAGGUCGGCAAACUUUGUUCAAGGAUUUCAGCAACUGAAAUUGACCACUCCAUUUAAUGCUAACAACCUGACUAUGAAUUGUUUAAGCCCAGUUAGAAUUUAAA